CAUACAUAGUAAAGAGAGACGCAGAGACGAUCAGACUGAGUUCAGAUCAAACUAGAAGUUUCAUAUGAGCUACAGGAGAGAAAACUGGAAAACUCCCACACUGCUGCUUAAAGCUGCUGACGCUCCACACACUGAAUGUGAGUUUGAGAAAAACUCCUGUCUGCUGUUUUCAGCUUCACUCACAGACUCAAUGGCUUCCAGAUCAGAGGACGAUCUCUGCUGUCCGGUGUGUCAGGAGGUCUUCAGAGAUCCUGUUAUUCUGUCAUGUAGCCACAGCUUCUGUAAAGACUGUCUGAAGAGAUGGUGGAGAAAGAAAACAACACAUGAGUGUCCAGUUUGUCAGAGAAGAUCUUCAGGGAAUGAUCCACUUGUAAACCUGGCUUUAAAGAACCUGUGUGAGUUGUUCUUAGAAGACGGAGAUCAGAGAGCUUCAGAGGCUCUCUGCAGUCUGCACUAUGAGAAACUCAAACUCUUCUGUCUGGACCAUCAGCAGCCAGUGUGUCUCAUCUGCAGAGACUCAGAAAAACACACCAACCACAGUUUCAGACCCAUCGAUGAAGCUGCACAACAACACAAGAAGGAACUUCAGGAAACUCUGGAGUCCUUAAAGAAGAAGUUGAAGGUUUGUGCAGAACUUCAAGUGAAGUUUGAUCAAAUAGCAAAACACAUUAAUGUCCAGGCCCGACACACAGAGAGUCAGAUUAAGAAGCAGUUUAAGAAGUUUCACCAGUUUCUAGCAGAGGAAGAGGAGGACAGGCUGGCUGCACUGAGGGAGGAAGAAGAGCAGAAGAGUGGGAUGAUGAAGGAGAACAUGGAGGCUCUAAGCAGAGAGAGAGCAGCUCUUUCAGACACAGUCAGAGCCACAGAGGAGGAGCUGAGAGCUGAAGACGUCUCAUUCCUGCACAACUACAAGGCUGCAGUGGAAAGAGUCCAGUGCUGCCCCCUGCUGGAUGAUCCACAGCUGCCCUCAGGAGCUCUGAUAGACCAGGCCAAACACCUGGCCAAUCUGACCUUCAACAUCUGGAACAACAUGAAGGACAUGGUCUCCUACACUCCUAUCAUUCUGGACCCAAACACUGCUCAUCCAGAACUCAUCCUGUCUGAGGAUCUGACCAGUGUGAGACGAGGAGAUGAACAACAGCUUCCUGAUAAUCCAGAAAGGUUUGAUCGGUUCUACUCUGUCCUGGGCUCUGAAGGCUUUGACUGUGGUAAUCACAGCUGGGAUGUUGAGGUUGAAUACAGCACAUGGUGGAACCUGGGUGUGUUUGCAGAGUCUGAGAAUAGGAAGGGAGACAGAUUGUCUGGAUUAUGGAGAAUAAGGUUCUAUGAAGGUAAAUAUUACGCAUGGUCACCAUCAGCUGCAGACACUGCUCUCUCAGUACAGAAGACGUUUCAGAGGAUCAGAGUGAAUCUGGACUGUAACAGAGGAAAGCUGUCGUUCUCUGAUCCUGAUACUAACACACACAUACACACCUUCACACACAAUUUCACUGACAGGAUGUUUCCAUUCAUUAACACUGUGGUUGGUAAAUUGAAGGUUCUGCUAUAGAAGGUAUCAGUGUAAAUUAAUUCAUUAUAAUUAUAUUUUAAUGUUGUUACAAACCUGUUAAACUGCAGCUGUCCUCCUGCUGCCUUAUUGUUCCAAAGAUCUUUAUUACUCACACUGUUCUCACUCUUUCUUUGUUUCUGCCGUCCACUUUUUCACCUGGAAAAUCAUUUUACUGUUUCUCAUUGAAUGAUCCCCAAACUACAUUUAAAAUUUCAUCAAGUUUCUAAUCUGUGAUGAUGUCAGAAGUUAGAAAGCUAUCUGACCAACCAGCAGCACACUGUUUAUUUUAUUGGCAGUUUUUUGAAUACAUGUAAUGUUUAUGGGCAAUGUGAAUACAAAAUUACAUUUAUAACCUUGAUGAUGGAACUAAAGUAUAAGGAGAGAUAGGAUAUAUAGAACUUUAUUAAAUAGAAUUACACUGGAGAAGAAAUAAUGUUUCUAGAAUGAUGCAUUGUGAUAUGUAAACUGUGUCCAAUAUAAACUUUGAUUAUUGUUUCUCUGUAAUUAAUAUUU